UGGCUCUACGUAGCCGUUUUGGCUCAAGGUCAUGCUGAGGGCCGCUUCCUCCUCGUCCUCCUCCUCUGCCUCCCUAGCUUGCGCCCUCCCGGGCCGGCUCCUGGCGGAAAUGAGCGCCGCCUCCCGCGCGGGGGAGGUCACCGUGAGCAUCUCCGUCGACGAGCUGCGCUCGCUGCUGCGCGCGGACACCGGGGAGGUCGUCCGGGCCGAGCUGCGCGCAGUCGGGGCGCUCCGCUGGGAGGCCUCCCAGAGCCAGGCGACUACGCCGCGCUCUGACGCCUGGGAGCGGCCCUGCGACCCCGGGGCGCCAGGCGCGAGCGGCCCCGCCGCGAGCGCCCCGCUGCGGCAGCGCCCCGUCACCGCCUUGUGGCCGGGCGCGCAGGUAGUCAGCGAGGCAGCGAAAGAGAGGAGGCCGGCAAGGCUGCGGAGGUCGGGCAGGGACACCGACGGGCUCCUCGGGGAGGGCAGGGAGGCCUCCCUCGUGGAGGCCCGCGGCAAGCUGUGCCCGCGGGCGGGCGGCGACGUGCUCACGGGGCUCCUGCGGCUGGCGGACUGGCUCUGGGGCAUAGAGGAGCCGCAGCGGACUGGCGUCCUGGCAAACUUCGUCGCCAGCAGCGCGUUCCAGGCCUUUUUUGUCUCCGUCAUUGUAGCCAACGCAGGCUUCAUGGCCUACGCCGUCAACGUGGACAUGCAAAACCUCCGCAACACCGAGGCUGAGAGCCCCAAGUGGCUGUCAAUUGUCGAUGUGAGUUUCUUGUGCUUGUACUGCGCGGAGCUCUUGUGUAAGCUUGCUCUUCACCGCUUGUUCUACUUCUGGGGCGAGGACAUGGCCUGGAAUUGGCUGGAUUUCGUCCUGAUCCUGCAGGGCCUCGUGGACAUGCUCUGCGGGGCAGGUGGCGGCAGAGGGAACACCUGGAUGCGCACGUUUCGCCUACUCAGAGUGGUCAAGGUGUUGCGCAUUCUGCGGGUCUUCAAGUUCUUCACCCAGCUCUACGCUAUUGUUAGUGCGAUCGUGCGGUCUAUGAUGCACCUCUUCUGGAGCGUCUUGAUGUUCGUUAUCGUGCUGUUCAUGUUCUCGCUCUUCAUUAUGGCGAACGCUUCGAACUACCUGCAGGAUCUCGACAGCCUCGACAGCAAAGAAGCGGCAGCUAUCAUAAUGUAUUUUGGAUCGUUCCCGAUAGCCAUGAGGACGCUAUUAUUGACUGUUUCUGGCGCCUCUGAUUGGGAGACCUUCUAUUUCGCUUUGGAGCCCAUCAGCGUUGCCCAGAUUGUGUACGUGCUGUUUAUAGGAUUUACGCAGAUAGCGGUGCUCAAUAUCGUUACAGGUAUCUUCAUGCUCAACAUAUCCUACGCGCUCAAUUUCUCCCGGCCAGAGUAUCACCAGCUGGCCGAGGGACACUAUGCCGAAGAGCGGGGCGCUUGUGGGACGGACCAUGAAACUGCGCAGUUUUGCCGGGAGCACGGAGAUUAUGGACCUUCACGACACAGUUUGAAAUACAAGGAGAUUUCAGGAGCAGAUGGUGCGAGAUAUCCACGGCGCAGUCUCCAAGUGCAGAGCCUUGGAUUGCAGUUCGAGAUCUCGGACCCUUUCUGCCGGGAGCUCGGGUAUGAUGGAGAUUCACAACACAGUGUGGCAACAGAUAGCGCGAGAGAUCCACAGCGCAGUCUCCAAGUGCAGAGCCUUGGAUUUCCGUUCGAUGUUUCAGACACUUCGCGCAGUGCGACGUCCCCAAGAAGCUGGUUGGCGUUGGGGUGAGCGGUGAAAGCGGUUGCCGGGUCGUAAUCUUGACUAGAGGGCAAGCGUGGAUUGAGACUGCAGCGGGCAAUCAU